AUGAUUAAUCCAAAAAUCCUUUACAGCUACAUAAGACAGAGCACACGGAACAAAGAUCCUGUCCCACAGCAGCGAAGUACGAAUGGUGUGGAAAUCUCCGAUGACAAGGAUAAGGCUGAACAUCUCUCUCAGUUCUUCCGAUCAGUCGUGACAUGUGAACCAGAUUUUUUCUCCCCCAUUUGUGAAGACGAAGAAACGCCUACCCUCGAAGCCGUCUUCUUCACUGAAACAAUUGUUCGGAAUGAGUUACUAAACCUAAAAGAAUCGACCUCCCCAGACCCUGAUGCAAUCCCGGCCAAGCUGCUGAAGGAGCUAGCUCCCGAAAUGUCCAAGCCGUUAGCCUUGAUCUUUCAAACGUCAUUCGUUAGUGGAUGCCUGCCCUCUGACUGGAAGUCCGCUACCAUCACUCCGCUUUUUAAGGGUGGAAGUCGUGCGUCUGCGAAUAACUACAGGCCAGUGAGUCUUACCUCCAUCUGUUGCAAAAUAAUGGAGAAGAUCAUUAAGAAGGCCUUGGUGCAGUUCCUCGAGCAGUACCAUCUCCUUUCCGAUGCCCAACACGGCUUUCGAAGUGGUAGGUCCUGCCUCACGAAUCUGCUCUUUACGCUUGAACGAUGGACCAAAGCACGUGAUGAAGGCAAUGUGGCGCACGCCAUCUAUAUCGACUUCAAAAAGGCUUUCGACAUCGUUCCUCACCAAGGUCUCUUGUACAAACUGCGCAACGCUGGAAUUCGUGGACGCCUUCUUGUAUGCAUCCAGAGCUUUUUGGCUGGACGGUCCCAAAGAGUGCAGGUCGGGCGUCAACAGUCCUCAGAUGUAAGCGUGGUGAGUGGCGUCCCACUGGGCUCAGUCUUAGGUCCCAAGUUAUUUCUCGUUUUCAUAAAUGACUGCGUCAAGGACCUAGACUGUGAUGCCAUCCUGUUUGCCGACGACAUAAAAUGGGGGAAAGUUAUUUACAAUGCGGCAGACGCAGACCAUCUGCAAGCAAACUUGAACAGGCUCGAAGACUGGUCGAAGCGCUGGCUUAUGCCCUUCUAUAUAAGCAAGUGUAACUUUCUUCAAUUCGGCGGCUUCAGAGCCCCCAGCCCCAGGACCUACUUUCUACACGGCACAGCACUGCAGCAGGUUGACAGCAGAAGGACCUGGGUGUAUGGAUUACAUCUUCACUCAAACCAACACUGCAUUGCGGGAAGGCGGCUAAAUCGGCUACGGCCACAUUGCAACUCAAUAGGCGAGCAUUUAUGGGAUUUGACCCUGACUGCUUUUCCAAAAUAUUUGGCACCUUCGUGCGACCUCAUCUAGAAUACGCCAUACAGGCGUGGAGACCCUGGACUGCCAAGGAUUAUACCGUCUUGGAGAAGGUCCAGAGACGGGCGACCAAAAUGACACAAAAUCUGGGAGCACUGCCCUAUGAAACCAGACUGUCAAUCCUCAACCUGUUUCCCCUUUCCUACAGGCAAUUACGUGGUGACCUCAUACUAACAUUUCGCAUCAUCAACGGCCUAAACUGUUGUUUAGAUCCCACUGAUUAUUUCACCCAAGCUAACACGCCCACUUUGCGCGGUCAUCCCCUAAAACUACGCGCAGGGAAAUCAAGAAUCAAUGGACGGAAGUUCUUUUUCAGUAACAGAGUGGUUGCAGCGUGGAAUGCCCUACCUACCGAUGUGGUUAGCUCCCCCUGUGUGAAUUCCUUCAAGUGUGGACUUGACAUGCAUCAAGCUUUACAAUUACCACCCUCACAUUCACUAACAUAACCGGUACUACUUUAUAUAUGCUUAUACUACUUGUAAUUAGUAAGUAACCGUUAAUGAUUACUCUUUUUCGACUAGCUGUCAGCUGUCCCCGAGUACAAAAAAUCCAUUUUCAACUUCCCACUUAUUCAUGCUUAUCUCCGACGACUUGUAACCAAUAGAGAGUUCAAAGGUGCUUCCCUAUAUUUCCCUUAAUAAACUGAUACUGAUACUGAUACUGACUGCUCUGUCAUACCCCAUAUUAAUUUACUUCCUAUAUCUUGUAUUACGAACUUUCUUGAGGCUUAAUGACGAGCACUAUGAGCGUAACUCGAUGCAAUUCGAACGUGUCCUCUGACCGACACUAAUGGCGCCAAUCAUCACAACGAUCAUGUCGGCAUCUUUGCCUGGGGAGGCCAUGAUGCAGGCACACUUUCCUCGCGAAGCAAAAAGGCAUUACCGUAUUUUAAAGUACGCAUGCGUUUAGUUCCGCGCAUCCGAUUAUGAGAACGAUGAAGUUGUGUAGGAAAGAAUUUGGUGGUGGUGGCGUUCACGGCGACUGUUGUGGACGUGGUAGCAGUUUUGUCGUUGAUAAUGUUCAGAAAAAUGUUGCUUGGUGUGUUGAGGAUUAUAAUGGUGGUUUCAAUGGCGUUGGAUCUUUCGCUGAUUUAUACGGUAAGGGUGGACACAUUUGUGAUAUUUGUUGAUGGGCAAGAGGCGGUGGUCCAAGUGCUUAUAAUUUAGUGGAAAGAACAACGCUGAUUUUAUGGAUAUUUGAUGUAACAACGCCGUAUCUGUCAGCUUUAAUUUUGCUGUUCCUGGGAGUUGUGAUGACCUUGGUGAUGAAAAAUGGUUUAGCAGGGAUAGUAAAAAUUUAACUGGGAUUUAAACGAGGACGACGGUCAGGUUGGGAACGGUGGCAGGGAUGAUGAUGAUGAUGACGAUGACGACGAAGACGAAGAUGAUGCCGAGGAUGGUGAUGAUUAUGAAGAAUAUGAUGGUGAUGAGGAUGAUGAUGAUGACGACGAGGAAGACACCGACGACGACGACGACGACGACGACGACGACGACGACGACGACGACGACGACGACGACGACGAAGACGAUGAUGAUGAUGAUGAAGAAGAAGAAGAAGAAGAUGAUGAUGAUGAUGAUGAUGAUGAUGGAGGCAACGAUUAUCAUAAAAUUCAUGAUAAGAUCUCAGGCGGUAUAGCAUCUGACGGCGCGUAA